AUGGGCCAAGCGCUGACACUCAGAGAGGUCAACUGGCAGCGCAGUGAAAAUGGGAGUGCUCACCACACUGGCAAGUAUCCUGGCAAAGAACUGGUUGUGAGAAGAGGACAAGCCUUCACUAUCACCCUGACCUUCAGCGGAGAAUGGAAGACUGGCCAGGGUUUAACCUUCGUUGCAGAAACAGGGCCGAGACCUUCAUUGCAAGCUAAGACGCAGGCUGUAUUUGACAUCUCUAAACCAGCAAGCAAGGACACCUGGGGCGCAGGCCUGCAGUCCACCAGUUCCGGUUCUGCGCGCAUCAGUAUUUCCAGUCCUGCUACUGCUCCCAUCGGGCGUUACAGGCUGAGCGUGAGGGUUACCUUAGCUGGCCGCUCCUCCACUCUGAAUAUUGGCACGUUUGUUCUGCUCUUCAACCCUUGGUCUAAAGAGGAUGAGGUGUUCAUGCCCAACGCCGCUGAGUGCAACGAAUACGUGCUGGAAGAGUUUGGGGUCAUCUUUGUGGGCAGUUCAUUCUAUAUGCACAGUUUCGGAUGGAACUAUGGCCAGUUUCAGGGAGACAUUCUGGAUAUCUGCCUCUCCAUACUGGACCGAAGCCUGGAAUACCGCAGGGACGCGGCCACAGAUGUCUCUCGCAGGAAUGAUCCCAAGUAUGUGGGGCGCGUUCUCAGUGCCAUGGUCAACAGCCUUGAUGACAGUGGGGUGCUGAUGGGAAACUGGAGCGGAGAUUAUUCUGGUGGAAAAAGCCCAAACAGUUGGAGUGGAAGUGUUGCAAUCCUGGUGAACUGGAAGCAGUCUGGUUAUAAACCUGUUAAAUAUGGACAGUGCUGGGUGUUUGCAGCAGUGUUGGCCACAGUGCUCAGGUGUCUGGGAAUCCCCUCUCGUGCAAUUUCAAACUUCAACUCUGCCCACGAUGCAGAUGAAAACCUGACUGUGGAUGAAUAUUAUGACGCUGCUGGAAAUCCUCUGAACACAGGAGUAGAUAGUGUCUGGAAUUUCCAUGUUUGGAAUGAAGGCUGGUUCACCCGCAGUGACUUAGGCCCCUCCUAUGGUGGAUGGCAAGUCUUGGAUGCAACGCCCCAGGAAAAGAGUGAAGGGAUAUUUCAGUGUGGCCCUGCCUCAGUCACCGCCAUCAAGGAGGGAGAUGUGGAUCUGAGGCACGACGUGCCUUUCGUAUUCGCAGAGGUGAAUGCCGACCGCAUUGCCUGGACUUAUGAUUCUGCAACUAGGAAAAAAAAACCACUCCACACAGACACCAAGUCCAUUGGCCAGUCUAUCAGCACCAAGGCAGUGGGCAGUUAUGACCGUGUAGAUGUUACCAAUGAGUAUAAAUACGAAGAAGGCUCCCAGAAAGAAAGGAUAAUAUUUAAGAAGGCUCAUGAAAAGAUGGUUCCAGAUGCCGAGUUGAGGGGCACAUCAGCGAGACUGCUGGAAAUCAUUCCGAAGCCCCAUAUCUCAGGAAAGUUCAAGGUUGACAGCCCCUUAGAGGUUGGCAAAGAUGUCAACCUAAUUUUGAUUCUCAGCAACUUGACCUCCGUUGCUAGGAAUGUAAAGGCAAAUAUAACAGCGUGGGCCAUUGUGUACACUAGAAAGCCAAUUCGUGAAAUCUGGAAGGAUACCCUGUCAGUCACUCUUGCUGCUAAUGAAGAGAAACAGCUUCCCAUUAAGAUAACAUAUGCUGAGUAUCAGCAGCGCUUAACUACAGACAACAUGAUCCAAAUCACAGCCUUAUGCCAGGUACAAAGUGGGACUGAAGUACUGGUACAAAGAGAGCUCACCAUGACUAAUCCUCCCGUUGACAUGAAGGUGCUGGGGGAGGCGAAGGUGAAUAAGGCUGUGGAGGUGGAAGUGAUGUUUACCAAUCCCAUUAACGAGGAGGUGAAAGACUGCAUGCUGCGGGCAGAAGGCAAUGAUCUGCUGAAUGGAAGCCUCAAGAUAAAUGUGCCGUCGCUGAAGCCCAAUGAGACAUCUGCAGUGCAGUUUGAAAUCAUCCCCACCAAGAGUGGAACUAAGCAGCUGCUCAUUAAUUUCUCCUGUGACAAAUUUUCAGACAUCAAAGCCUUUGAGACCAUAAAUGUGGCCAAGUGAUCGUAAGAUGGGGAGUGACCAUCAGCUUGUUUUUGUGCAAACCUGAAGAAAAGUGCAAAAAAGCUCAUGCUUGCUGUGAACUAUUGCAUCAACCUAUUUCUGCUAGGCUGCAACAGACAUCACAUUUAUCCUGGGAUAAACUAUUUUAUCCCAGACAAAGUACCAUCUUUCAGACAUCCAUGUCCAUUAUCCUGGGAUAAAUUCUAAAAAAGGGUCUUGGGAUAAGAAGUACUAACAGUUUAUCCCAGGACAUCGCAAAAUACAUCUGAACGGUUAUCUCAGCAUCCCAUAAUUGAAUACAUGGCAGAAAAGCAGCAGUGCUUUUAGUCGCUCACUAAUCCCGAUUAGAAGGGUGGUGUGUAUACAUGCCAAUCGUGGAACAUUUCUGUUCUGGGACCAACACAGCCAUAACUUAUGCAGAGACAAAUGCGACGUCUGUUCCUAGCCUAGAAACAAACUCCACACUCUGCAAACAGGAGUUACCCUGUUUCUUAAUUAUACAUUUACAUGUGCAAUGAAAGGCAAUUAAGUAGAUUCUUCAUGUAUUGUUGUGAAUUUUCAUGUUUUGAAUACACUAUCUGAUCAUCUCUCCUGAUUAA